GCAAUAACAGUCAUUGUCCAUUCUGUGUCUCAUCAAGAAAAUUAACUGAUAAAAAUUGUGCGAUACCAACUCCGAGAAAUCGAAAUAAUCUAUACAAUGACUAUUAAGCUGUACAUCAUGUUUUUCGUCGCCAUAACUUUCUCAGGUCUCGCAGCGUCAUUUCCGUCUUUGGAUGACUUUGACGAACACGACGAACACCAACAUCAUUCACAAGUGUCUAAGUCGUAUCACUUUAAGUAUACCGUUCACGACCCGGUGACCGGUGACGAGAAAAGCCACAACGAAGUCAGUGACGGACAUGGUACUGUCAAAGGGACGUACAGCCUAGUCGAACCAGAUGGUUCCAUCCGUGUGGUGGAGUACACAGCUGAUGACGUCCACGGUUUCAAAGCUGAAGUCAAGAAAAUCCAACCAAAGCGAAAACCUUCGUCUACUGAACACACAUUUGACAUGGCCGAGCAUAAGGUGCCAUAUUUCCCAAACCCGGUAAAUGGUCAAGAAGCACACUACGAUCAUGAAAUGAUUUCGUCAAGCUGAGAAUGUCAUUUUGUUUCAAUAUUAUUAUUAUGACAUAUGCCUGAAUAAUAAACAACGAGUCUGGUUUUUGAGACUUUCGCGUAGUUGUUUUGUAUUUUAUAAUAUUGUUAUUGUAUGAAUAAAUAAUAUUUUUGCCAUUUUGA